AUGGACGAAUGCAAUGAUCGGCUCAUUCUUGGUUUCCCCAUGCAAUUCAAACUUCUUGUGUCCGUGGCCCUUGCCGCCGUGGCGUCCGUCGGUGCUCAAUGCGAAAUGGAAUGCAUUGACGUGUACGAACCUGUGUGCGGGUCGAACGGCAAAACGUACUCGAACAAAUGUCGACUGGACGUAGACGCGUGCUCGACCAAGACCGAGAUCACGGUCGUGUCCGCUGGUGAAUGUCCGUCGUCUGCGAUUUCCGACUGCGACAACACGCCGUGCACGCGGGAGUUGGACCCUCAAUGUGGCAGUGAUGGCAUCACCUACGGCAACAAGUGUCUCCUCGGCGUCGCUACCUGCAAGAACGCCACCAUCAAGCUCGUAAGCGCCGGCGAAUGCAAAGCCUCCACGUGCGUGAAGGCAUGCUUAGAAAUCCUCAAGGAAGUGUGCGGCUCCAACGGCAAGACAUACGGCAACGAAUGUGAGCUCAAGAAUGCCGCUUGCGAUCUCCCCACACUGACCCUGGUCAAGGAAGGUCCUUGUGCCACCACCACAACUCCCACCACGACGGCGGCUCCUGCGAACAACGCUGGGAACAACGCCGCCAACAAGGUUUCUACCACCACCACCGCGCCCCCUGCCGUUCCGGUAGGCGUCCAAUCGGCAGCGUCCGGCAUGGUCGCAUCUUCCGCUGCGGUGUGUGCUGCCGCCGUCGCAUAUGUGCUGGCGUAACCACUGAUAUCUAAACUAUAAACCCAAUCCAAACUCGUUAAUAAUCAUCAAUGUACAUACACCAGGCCCACAAACAUACAUGUUCAUAUAUGGCCUGCUGCGUUUAACC